UGAUCCGAGGCAACGAAACGCACCGACUGGCAUCCGCGCUGGAUCUGAGCGAGGGUCCGUUAUCACUGCGUCCGACACACACACACAUACACACUUCCCGGCGCACCGCAGGAUGAACGCGCUCUGGAGGUUUGGACACUUUGGACAGCAGCGCGCAGGGUAGAACAGGAUUUAGUGGAGAAGUUGGUUUUCUCUGCAUCGGUGCCCGAGCCGAGGACUCUCGCUGUCAAGUCGUGAGAGAGAUUUCUGACUUUUUUCUCCCUCCACUGUCGCCAAACUUCUCCCCAAAGCUCGGGGACUAACGGAUUUUAAAGUAGUUUUGUGGAUUUGUAUAAAGUUUACUGGAGAAUAAAGCCUGGUUUUCUUCUUCUGAAUGCUUGGUGACAUCUGAAAGACGGAGAUUUUGGAUACAAAACGUCAUCAUUUGGGUCAGUGACGGGGAGUCGUUGGAUCAUUUCUUGCGGCGUUGGAGGCUGCCCUUCUGCUGGACAGCAUGCGAUUGGAGGAUGUUGUCUGAGUCGGGCCUCGCUGCUCUGCGUCUCACCUCGUCCUCUAGAGGAAUGACGGCUCUGUGGUGCUCACUCUGGAUUUCCUGCCUCCUGCCUCUGUGCGUCGCUCCGGCCCGGCUGCCCACCGCUCAGCCCACAGACUCUGGGUCCAGUGAGUCAGCGUUCCUGGAGGACUAUGUCCUGGGCAUGGGGGAAAACCUGGAGAUACCAUGUGACCUGGAGGACCACUCCGAGCCCGUCGUCUGGUUCAAAGACGGCGCCGGGCUGGUUCCUGGCAACCGGACGCGGCUGGGCCAGAGGUUGCACAUCAUCAACGUGUCGUACGAGGACUCAGGCGUUUAUUCGUGUCGGCUCGCACAAAGCAACACGCUGCUCAGCAACUACACCGUCAGGGUGACAGAUUCACUCUCAUCCGGUGAUGAUGAAGACUAUGGCGAAGACUCAGAAGAUACAGGUAAUGAAAAUAAUACAACCUGA